AAAACUUUAGGACAACACAUGUCUGAUACUCUACUUCAAGUUGUGCAUUCUCUCGAUCGGUAGCAAAACAUCAAGAGUACCUUGCACAUCCAUGGGGAACUUCUCCGCCUUCACCAUUUGGGAAGCAGGAACAAGUUGAAGGACUAGGACCAUAAAUUUAACAUUCCUUCUGAACACCAUUAGCUUCGUAUCUAGCUUGUGACCACCUCUCCAUCACCCAAUUCUUAAGAUAUUACUGUUGCUUGCCUCCCUUCAUGGCCUUAGUUGGAAGUGUCCAUUUUCAUAUCUGGUAGAGUUGUGAGUUGCCCAUUUCUUCUUCUUCUUCUUCACACACACACACACACACACACACACACAAAAAAAAAAAAAAAAAAAACGACGUCGUAUGAGUGCUCUUUCCAUAUAAAUAAAUUUUAUAUGGCAUAGAUAGCCAAAUCCCGAAGCUGAGAGAUCGAGUCCCUCUCUUGUCUCUGCAACGCGGUCACCAGGUAGAAAAUGCCUAAGGUAAAGACUAAUCGAGUCAACUACCCAGAAGGCUGGGAACUGAUCGAGCCUACUCUUCGCGAACUGCAAGCAAAGAUGAGAGAAGCUGAGAAUGAUACUCAUGAUGGUAAGAGGAAAUGUGAAACCUUAUGGCCUAUUUUCAAAAUUGCGCAUCAAAAGAGCCGUUACAUUUUUGACCUUUACCAUCGGAGAAAAGAAAUUUCCAAGGAAUUGUAUGAGUUCUGCCUGGACCAAGGUUAUGCAGACCGCAAUCUAAUUGCUAAGUGGAAGAAGCCUGGUUAUGAACGUCUCUGCUGUUUGAGGUGCAUGCAGCCUCGGGAUCACAACUUUGCCACCACAUGCGUCUGCCGAGUGCCCAAGCAUCUGAGAGAGGAGAAGGUUAUAGAGUGCGUGCAUUGUGGCUGCAGGGGCUGUGCCAGUGGAGAUUGAUUACUGGUCUCUUAUUCAACCUUGAAUGCUUUGCGUGGAUUAUCCUUUGUACCAUGUAUAGAGACUGUACCCCUUUAACUGACCUUGAACCUUCUCAAGCGGGGACUUAUAAUAGUAUGUCUUCUCUUGCAAGAACAAAUUGUUGUGAUUUUAACCAACUGCAACUUGAAAGCUAAAAGAAAGCAUGCUUUGGUAUAUGCAUUAUUUGAUUUUGUUUUUCA